CAAUUAUCAUGAGAUUACAAAUAUUUAGCCAUCGAAAGGAAUACUAUCCACGGAUGAAGGCAUUUAUUGAUACAUUAGAUGCUGAAUGGGACAGGGAUCAGGUUGUACUGGACUUACUAACAGCAAUCGUAUUCUUUAAUCCCAAUCGACCCAAACUUAAUUACAGAGAAAUUGUUAAGCUUCAGCAAUAUAUUUACAUGUAUUUACUGCAACGCUACCUACUAUUGAAACAUCAGUCAGAAUCGGAAGCUCAACAAAAGUUCUGUAAAUUCAUGGAUAAUCUGAAUGAAUUGGAGGCAUUGGGGGACAUCAAGCGAAAGGAGAAAUUUUGGUGCCAUUACUUGCGAUUCGUGUAA